AUGGGCAAUCGCCGCAUGACACCCGAGGCUGCUCGACGUAUUGCAAAGGCACACCCUGGAGAGCAUGGUGCAUCGACUGGCUAUGAAAAUACUCAGACAGAUAAGACCUCUCCACGGGAUAAACAGGAGCAUGGCGCUGGAGUUGAGCAAUGCCUCUAUUGCACCAUGGAAACCGUUUGUGCUCGUCAUGCAAACAAGUGGGGCUGGUUGGAGGCGACUGCUGAAUGUUGA